AUGUACGAGGAUACGGAAGAUGCUUCUGACAUCGAUGAAGAUUUCUUCAACGCGUUGGCGUUGCUACACUCGACAGAAGACGACAGCGCGGAGAAACUUCGGAAAAUGCUGGACACAUCCAUCGAAAGGAAGUAUGGCUUCGACAAAACUUUGAUGGCCAGGAUGCCGAAGAAAUUUUUGCAAAAUACGAAAACCAACAGCAAAUCGUUCACGAACGAGAAAUCGGAGGUGUCGUCGCGCAAAAGGGAGAAUACUUGGAGGAAAACCGGAAACCCGUCGAUUCUGCCAAAUAAUACGGCGGAAAGUAAUUGGAAACCGAUGAAAACGUUUAACGUGGACGUCGAAGACUAUGGUGAGAAAGGGGACAUUCCAAGGAUAUCUAUUCCCGACGAAGGGUCCGGUGAUGGACUUCUUUGCAAGAUUUGUAACGGGGCGAAGUUAGGACCACUGAUUUUGCUAGAGUGUCAAGAAUGUCAAGAGGUCUACCAUCCCCUGUGUCACCAACCUCCUGUCGUCGACAUUGACGUCUACGAUCCCAGAAUCGUGUGGCGGUGUAGAAAAUGCAUGGACACCUCUUCCGUAAACUCUGUCAUUGCGUUCGAUGAAAAGAAAGUGAAAAGAUCUCAUCCAGCCAACGACGCGAGCAAAAUCAAGGAACCUUCUAUGAAAGUGGAGAAGUUGGGAAAAUUGAAUGGGAAUCUUUUGAAGAACGAGACGAGUAUCGGUGAUGAAACUUUAUCUGAAAUUUCUCAAAAAAUUACGGAAGAUACUAUGCCAAUGAAAGGUUCUUCCCAUUUGAACCAAAAGAUGACGAGAACUGCAUCUUCGAGUCACCUAAAAAAACGAAUUGGUUCGAAGCUUUCGGUAACUCGUCCCGUAGUUAAGUAA